AUGGAUCUCGUGUUUUGCACGGAUGAACUUGAUUUCGUAUCUGAGCCAAUUGAAGUUAGGAAAUUCUUCAGCGAAUGCGUUUCUGCCCAACAGGCGCUAGCCGACUUGCUGACCGAUAUGAUGGAUGCCGGAAUGCGGGGAACGAAUGGUGAAACCGCUGAAGAGAUGGAGCGCAUUAUCGAGUUACUUCGUGACGAGCUGGCUAAGCGAGAGAACCAUGUAUACCGUCAAAUGGGCAUUCGUUCGUGCCCAUACUACAAGUACAACAUCAAUGCGUUGCUUACCCGUUACAACGAUGAAUCGAUAAGGCAAUUACCAUACAUUCCAGAAGACGUGGAACUGGAAGUGUUCUUUCUAAGGCCGCAUAACAAGGCGCCUCCCUUUUGGGAGCAGCAGCUGAGACAGGUAAUAAUUUGUCUAUGUUGGAUGUUUGUUUAUAGUCCUGAUCUGCUUGAUAGAGUUAGUUAUUUAUUACUUGUUUAAAC